AUUCCAGGACAGAGCAUCACAUUAUCUCUUGCAUUACGCGAGUUAACUUCUAUUUUGAAAACCCACCUAACCAACCAAAACAAAAUGUUCAAACUGUUCAUCUUCGCCUGCUUCCUGGCCUUCGCCGCCGCCAAGCCCGGCAUUGUAGCCCCCGUGGCGUACACCGCGGCGUACACCGCGCCCGUUGCCGCUGCGUACACCGCGCCCGUCGCCGCCGCGUACACCGCGCCUGUCGCCUACUCCGCCUACUCUGCCUACCCCGCCUACUCAGCCUACACUUACGCUUCUCCUUAUGCUGCCUACUACCUGCGUCGCUGAAAUUAACCUGAACCUGAAUAUUUGACCUGAAUACGGACAAGCAAAUCAAUCGUCAAAAGUUUUAAAAAAACAUUGCUACAAAAGUUACAAAAUAAUGAACUAUAGAUAUUGAAAUUGUUAAUACCUACAUUUUAUUUGUUAAAAAAUAUUAUGAAGAACAUUGAAGCAGUACAGAAAGCUUUAAAUUGUAAUUGUCCAAAGAAAAAAAAAGUUCACCUAUGUACCUACAUUUGACGACGAUAAACGAAAUAAAAUUAUGGUUGAAUGUUAA